AAUAGUGCUCGCUAAUAAUAAGAACUGAACAUGGACUCAAGACAAGCCGGUGUUCGUCUAUCUGUGAUCUUUUGUGCUGCUGUGGCAAGUCUAGGCACGUUCAAUUGUGGUAUCAAUACAAGCGCGCUAAAUAUUCCAGGUUAUUUCGUGCGUAACUGUCCUGAUGCAUCGGCAUUGGGCGAUACUACAACGUAUUUCCCAGGAACUGUCCUACCGAAAUGCAUUCCUAUGGACGACCUCAUUUGGGGAAUUGCUACAGGAGUGUUCGCCAUAGGCGGUUUACUAGGUGCUAUGUUUGCGGGUUGUUUGGCUGAGCGUAUGGGGCGUCGCGAUUCUAUGUUCCUCGUCAACAUCACGUUUGUUAUCGGUGCUGCUAUGAACAGUCUUGCUACCACAAGUACUAUGUUUGCUAUUGGUCGGGUAUUUGUCGGUAUCGGUUCGGGUGCUAUGUCUGUCCUUGUCUCAAUGUACAUUGCAGAAAUAGCACCUCCAAAGCAGCGUGGCAUGCUUGUAGGUCUCUUGCAAUUGUUUGCCACCUUGGGUGUCUUGGUUGUGGAGCUCUGCGGUCUUGGACUACAAUCUGCAAUUGGCUGGCGUUUGUCAGCAGCAAUCACUGUAAUUCCAGCUUUCCUUCAGGUCAUGCUCUUACCGCUCUGUGUACGAUCACCUCGUUGGCUGAUCAGUCAAAAUCGAAUCGAUGAAGCACGGGAAGCGCUCUUAAAGCUACGCCGAGGCGAUAUCGAGACUGAAUUUGCCGAUAUGACGCGCUACGCCGCUGAAGCCAUUACAAGUAUUACUGCACCUGCCGUUGGCUUGACAAAAUCUGCGACGCCAAAAGAAUCAGAGGCAUUGUCUCUUCUACAAGUGAUGCGAAUUCCUAUUCUUGCUAUACUCACUGGCAAGAUGAUGAUAAUUCAUGCUGGCUUCCAGCUCUGCGGCAUUUCAGCAAUCAUGUACUAUUCUACGAGCAUCUUUCAGGCCACGUUUGGCGCUACCGGAGCAGCGUACUUGACCGUAGGAGUUGCAAGCAUCUUUGUCCUAUUCACAGUUAUUGGUCUAGCACUUGUUGAUCGACUUGGCCGAAAAUCCCUGAUCUUGUUUUCCGCGCUCGCCAUGUGCAUAUCGUCCAUAUUGAUGACCGUCGGUCUGCUUCUUCAUAUAUCCAUACUUCAAGUGAUCUGUGUGAUGCUGUUUGUGGCGACCUUUGGAGUCGGCUUGGGUAUUUGUCCGUUUUUGUUUACCUCCGAAAGCUUCCCCACAUAUGCCGUCGGUGCCGCCUGCUCAGCUGCCCUUGUAUCCAACUGGUUCUUUAACUUUGUUAUCGGUUUCUUGUUCCCAACUUUGUUGCGCGUUUGUGGAAAUUACGUGUUUAUGCUGUUUGCCGCUGUCACCUUUCUACUGGCUUUGUUCAUCCACUUUUUUACAACAGAGACAGCGCGCAAAUCCAUUGAUAAUAUUGGACGCGAAUUAGGCUGGUAUGAUUUGGACCCUAAGAGGUUUCUUUGCAGCUCUUCAUCAUCCUCGAGUAAGUUGUAG